AUGUGUGAUAUUGAGGGUGGGAGUGAAUAUAAAAUAAUGACUAAUGAUGAAACGAUUAAAUUAGUUAAAGAAUGGAAAGAAAAAGGUUUACGUAUUGUAUUUACAAAUGGUUGUUUUGAUAUUGUUCAUUUGGGUCAUAUUGAUUAUUUAGAAAAAUGUCGUCAAUUAGGUGAGAAAUUAAUUGUAGCUUUAAAUACUGAUAAAUCAAUUAGUCAAAUAAAAGAUUCUCAUCGACCUAUUAUUAAUCAAUAUGCGAGGGCACGCAUUAUUGCAGCUCUACAAUUUGUUGAUAUUGUUACACUUUUUGAUGAAUUAACUCCAAUUAAAUUAAUUGAAUCUAUCAAACCAAAUUUUCUUGUUAAAGUACCCGAGCAAGCAAGUACUUAUGUACCGGGACAACUGUUCUUUUUCGUGAAUUCGAUUGAUAUAUUAUGCACAAAUAGUGCUAGUACAACUAGCGCUCCAUCCCCUGUUAGAGAUAUUGUCAAAAAAUCAGUAGCAGCUGGAUUAACUCAAUCUCAAACACGUGCUAUACAAAAUGAAUGCACUAGUGAUGUUCCAAUUGUGGGUGUUGCACGAGAAAAAGAGGCUUUAACAUGGUUACAAAGUCUUGAUAAGAAGACAAUAUUACAUUGGUAUGGUAAUUCAUAUAUUGUUCCAUCAACAUUCAAUCACCAAUACAAUUCUAUGUUAUGGCUACAAGAAUAUUCUACGCUACCAUGGACGCAAUGGGACAAUUUUUCUCAAUGGCUCAAAGCUGGCCGACUUAUUACAAUUUCAAUGACUUGUUCAUGUAGAUCAAAUUUGAAAACAUAUGUAUGUAAGUAUGCUAUCGGUUUAAUGAUGCAUUUUGGUUGUUAUAUUGUAAAAGACCUAGCAAAAUUACAAAAUUUCCAGAAACGACGCGGAAGACCACGAAAAGUAGGAAAUGCGUUGUCUGAUGUUUAG